UGUUUGAAUGCAAUUUGCUCGUGGGAUUCACUUGUUUGAGGGUAUGAGAUUUGGGAGGUGGGUUCUUGUGAGGAUAUGAUUUACACAUGGAUGUCAUUGACAGAUUGAAGAACACCUCGAAAAAUUCGCUGGUUUGGUCGAUGAGAAGUCUUAAUCAGGGGUAAAUUUUUUAAGAAACUAGGAAGUGAUUCUCCACCAGACUCUUGACACGUCGUCUCCACGUCAGCAGGGUCAUUAGAUGAUCGAUUGGCGCUCUUUUUCUCAUUAGCUGGUGAUGAGGCAGCCAGAGUCUGAUAAUGUCAGAAUAGAUAUCGGUGCCUUCUCUCAGAUUUCUCUUUGUCUAGAGGGCAUUGAAACAAUAUUCCUCGUGUUUCAUGUGGCCUACAGAAGUAGACCCUCUCUGCUUUUACUAUUUAUGUGGUUUUCGCAUUCCUUGGUUCAACACGCUUGUGGGAGAGGUUUUCUGAUGAAAUAUGUGCUGAUUCGAUUUUGGGGAUUUAGUAUGAGAUGAAAAAGAGUCGUUUGCGGGUAAUCUAUUGCUUUUUAUGCAUUGCUUUGGACAAUUGUGUGUGUGUCUGGGUCUUGCAACAUUUGGGGCAAAACACUUCGGGUUUUUAAUUUGUUGCUUGAGGACUCAGUCUAGGAUUUCUUCGAGGGUAUUUCAUUAGCUUCUGGUUGCUUCUGGAAUUGAAAGAUAACGGAUGAUUGCCAGGUCAGGCAUUUGUUUAUUUGAUUACGAAGCCAAUUUUCUUGUUUCUUGCUUAUAAUUUGGGUUGGGUUUUGUAGGUUUUUAUUGCCCAGAUUUUUGGGGGUAGAAUGUUGUGGCGUGCAGUCUGAUUGAUUGAUUUGAGGGCUCCUAAAGGUUCCUUGUCUGUCUAUAUUUAUUGACUGUUUUCUUUUUCAAUUGGGCACGGACUUGUGAUUCAACCCGUCAUUGGGUUUGUAAUAUGAGUGGUUAUUGUUGGCUGUUGUUUUGGGGGACUGAUUGGAUUUUUCUCCUGUAAUUUGUGCGACUGAUCUUUCAUGUGGGCUUUGAGGUUUGUAGUUUUUAUUGGUUCUGGCUUCUGAUUGGGUUUGUUUAUGUAUAUUGGCGACAAUUUGAAUUUGGUUUGUGUUUCAUAUCUGUAAAUAAGAGAGCUUGGAUUCAUAGCUGUUGAAGGACUGUAUUCAUCAGUUGGCCUUCGGUCUCAGCCCCAUUAUUAGACAACAAGAAUAACCUUUUUUUGAAAUUUGGUUUAGAUUUCGUCUCUGUAAAUAAGAGAGCUUGGAUUCAUACCUGUUGUAAGGGCUGUAUUAAUUAUCGGGCCUUCGGUCUCAGCCCCAUUAUUAGACUUGAGGAUCUUGUUCUUGAUAACUGUUCAAGUUUUGUGUUUUGGGGGGCAGAAGUGAGGCAAUUGGUGCAUGCAAUUACAAGCCUCAAGGAUGGAUAUCCAUAUGUGGCCAUUCGAAGGGACUAAUGUUUUCAGGGAUGCUCAGAUGAAGAGCCUGUCUGCCGAGCCUCUUGCUGUCAGAGUUGUACAGAUGAUGGCGUCCGAGGAGUCUUUAUUGCCCAGUAUUUGGGCGCUGGGGGGAAUCCUGAUGGCUUUGGUGGCCACAGUUGCAAGUAUUAUCACCGGUGCAAGAAUGAUUAGGCUCAAAUUGCAGGAAAAGAGGGCAGAACAUGAUGAGCUUGUCCGUAAUGAAUUGGCAAUCUUAUCCUCUGUUUCUCUUGACUCCUCUUAUGAAGAUGAAGGAACUGAGAUGCCCAGCUGUUCCUCCUCCUCUUCUUCUCAUCUGUUUCCAUCUCAAGAAAUAAGGAUGAUGAAGAGGAAGAAGCGUAGGGAGCAGGCUAUGGAAUGGAUGCUGGAAGAUCCAAAUGACCUUUUUACUGUUAGAGAGACACAGAACUGGGCUACCUUGAGGGGCUAUGAAAUGGCAGUUUGGGAGAGCCCCAAGAAGAAAUCUAAUUGUUCCUGGUCAGAAUUUUCGAAUUUAGAUGAAAGAAGGCCAGUUCCUGCUUUGUUUAGACCACUCCUGGAAUCUUUUUCAAAGAUGGAAGAGUACUCUGAAUAUGAGGGGGAGGAGAUGUUGAAUACAAAUUUUAAGUAUGCAUGGGAAUUGGGUAAAUCAAAGCUUAGGCAGUGGCAGCAGGAGAAUCUGCCCUCCUUUGCAGUCAGGGGACCCUAUAACUCAUUGUUUGGCAGGGAAGAUGUCGUCAAAUUCUGGGACAAUCUGAAAGGCCGGGCCCUCAGAACGUUCUAUGUUCAACAAGGCUUUGUUUCUGCCAUGGAUUCGGGAUGGAUGUCAGGAAUUGCUUCACUGGGAAACACCUCUCAAGGACUUCUUUCUCUUUGGGAUCUGGACAGAGCCACCUCUGUGAGCAGAAUAUCAGGAAACAGGGCUGAAAUUCAAGGUUUGUACAUGGAAUCUUCUAAUACCAUUAUCACAGGAGGCCCUGACGGAACCUCUGGAAAAACAGCAUUGAAGCUCUGGGAUACUAGGAUGGGACCUAGACCUGCAGCAGUGAAUGAGCCAGAUCUUCUAGUCCCAAGAAGAAUUGUGGACAUGAAAUCCGAUCACCUCCAUAAGUUAUAUAUCAGAGAUGAUUCAAAAACAGUUUCCAUCCAUGAGCUGAGGAUGCUUGGGGGAGGCCCCAUCAGUACAUUGACACUUGAAGAUCCCACAGCCAUACCAGUGACAAAGGUAGGCGAGCAAAACUUACUGUCUAACUGUUCUUUUGCAGACAUGGAAGAAACAGAAGAAAGAACAUGGUGGGAUGAAGAUGCAGUGAUUGUUAGUGAUGAGGAGGAUAGUGUGUCUGAUGAUGAAGAGGAUGACUGUUAUGAUAUCAAAGACAAUUUGCAACCCAAUAAUGAUGCUAACAAGAAGUCUGUAGUUUCUUGGUGCCUUGGUGCAGUCAGAUCAAUAUCUUCUUCCUUGGGAAAGCAAGAGUUGUAAGGCUGGACCUGAAGGCAUUACCAUGUACAUAGCCAUCAUUUCCAACCCAAUAUCUAAUUAACUCUUAAUUAGUAUAAACAAAACUCUCCUGCCUCUUUAGGAGACAGAAUUCCAUGCUAUUCUAAUAACUACAAUAUUUGAAGCUUAAUGCAUUGAAUUACAGUUCUCAGUCGGAUUGGUUCAAUAUCAUGCUUAUGUGGAUAAAUGUAUUUGGAUGGCUGGAUAUGAGAAGACCCGAUUCCAAAACUUGUUUGUUUCA